GUGAGUGUGAGCUGGAUGUGAUCAUUUUCAGUGCUGCAAUCUCAGCGUGUGAAAAAUCCGGAAGAUGGCUAUUUGCUGUUCGCUUACUCCGGUCCAUGCAGCAGAGACGAGUAUCGCCGAACGAGGUGACCGUGGGUGCUACAGUGGCAGCAUGCGAGAAAGCCGGGGAGUGGAAAGCUGCAGUGUAUCUGGUGGCUGCGGCUCGAGAAUCAGGUCUUAGAACCAGCCUGUUGACCUUCAGCUCGUGCCUGAGCGCUUGCGAGAAAACCACUGUCUGGCGAGCUGCCGCCUUCUUGGCUGCCAGCUUAUGGCGCGCGGGCAUGCGCUUGGAUGUUGUUGCUUUCAGUGCAGAGCUUUCAUGCAACGAAAAAGCCAAUCGAUGGCAGCACGCUUUCAACAUCCUUUACAGGAUGUCAGGCAGCGGGGUAUCUCCAAGCAUCAUCAGCUUCAACGCAGCUGUGAGCAGCUGCGAGUCCACAGGGCAAUGGCAACAUGCCGUUGGGAUUUUGGGCACCAGGUGCCUCCAUACCGCCAGAGAUGUGGUAUCCUUCACCGCUGCAGUUAGCAGUAGUGGCGCCAGUGGAAAGUGGGCGACAGCCUUGGGGCUUUAUGGGGACAUGUGCGUUGCCGCUGUGCUGGCCAAUGUGAUCAUGUGCAACUCCCUGAUGUCGGCCUGCGAAGAAUCUGGGCAUUGGGAGACUGCCCUGGAAGUCUUCAACUUCAGCCCAUUCCCAUCCACCGUCAUCAGCAUCAACGCUGGAAUUGCAGCAGGUGGUCGAGGAAACCGCUGGCAGUUCGCAGCACAUUUGCUGGAAUCCUUGGUUGGGCCCAGCCACACAGAGCAAGCGACGGUGGUCAGUUUCAACUCAGCCUUGAGCGCCUGUGCAAGCUGCAAGCAAUGGCGAGAAGUUCUGGGCAUUGCCAAUAACUUUGCCAGGUGUGACUUGCGGCCGGAUGCUAUUUCCCUCAAUUCUGUUGCUGGUGCGCUUGAACGACAAGGGCAUUGGGCUGGUGCCUCAAGAUUUCUCUACGAAGCCCAGCAAUGCGGGGAACGGCUCCUGGGACCGGAGGCCACCACCGUCGGCGCUGCCGUUGACUCAUUUGAGAGGUUUGGUGGUCCUGUCGCCCGCGCGGCUGGACUCCUACGAGACAUUCAAAGGGAUGUGCCACGGAACUUGCAGCGAACAGCGGAAAUUGGCAGUCGAUGCGUAGAAAAAUGGCACCCUGUGGCCAUGAAGUGGUACCUGGGAUGUGCCAGCCUGCUGUGUGCAGCGUCCCGCAACCUCCCAGACAAGAAUGAGUUGGCCAAUGCGUGCUACUUCACCUACAAGGUUGGAUAUGUUAUUUGCGAUACCAGUUUGGGCCCUGAAGCUGCCCAGAGGGAGAUGGAGGCUGGGCGGUGCAAUCAGGAUUUCCGAUUGACUGGUUCGGACUUCCAACGACUGGUGCUGAAGCACUACGUGGAAGGAGGCCGUCCGCCCCUGGAAGAAGCGAUGUGGCUCCUAUCAUCGUCUGAGAACUUCCAGUCACGUACGCUUUCAGAAUGCCCACCCAUGCAAAUUCUGGCCAACGUCCUCUACGCAGAGGCUCUGCUGUUCCUGGAUGGCGCGUCCAGGACGGGGGAGUCGGCGCUGCUGAUGGCGCAAGCGCUGGAGCAAACGCGGCAGGUGCAGAUGGAGGUCCUGAACGCCUUGACUAAAACCUGGCCCUUGGAGCUGGCAUCGCAACGCUUUCAGGAAACCUUCCUGACACUGGACGCAGUGGCGAAAGCGACGCCCUCGUCCGAAAUUCACGUUGCCCUGUGCCGAUGUUCUGAGAGCUUGGAGUGGUUGGUUCCUUUUGUUGAAGAGAUGGAUCCACAGCAAGGCAUCGAGGCAGUCCUUUAUUUAUAUGAGACUUGUGGACGAGAAGAGGGCCUAAGGGAGUUCGAAGAUGCGCUAUUUGGCAAGGUGCAGUGGAAGGCACUUGAAGGCGUCCCAGGGCGACCAAAAUCAAACUCCGACUGUCAAGCGCAGACUGUGCUAAGCCACUUGCUGGGCUACGGUGAUGGCAGUCUGGCUGUGCCGAAGUUUUUGCUGUUUCUGCCUGCAGCUCCCCCAGAAGCGGAACAACAGUUCUACAGCUUGGUGUUCAAAAGCCUAGCCAGCAAAACGUUGUCCGUUGAUUUCAUGGCCUUGGGAUCCACAAGAUCUCCACCCAUCGCCUUGAAUGAAUGUCAGAAAAGCCUCAUCCAAGCACAAGUGCUGAAGAUUCACAAUUAUCCACUUGGAUAUGAGGGGCCUCGCUUUCUGAUCAGUUCUGCAAGGUUGCUGGAGUCACUGGAGCGGGUCCAAUCACUGAUCCAGGCUUUUGAACAGCCAUCGCCUAGUUGUGCCUCUCACUUGGAAACUGCAGUAGCGAACUGGUGGCACAUGGUGUUUGGAGAAGGAGAACAGCUGCCGAUAAGGGCAGAUGACGAUCGCUUGCCUGUGUUUGCACGCAUGGCCGACGGUCCAUCUGGAUUCUCGAGGACAAGGAUGCCCAAAUCCUCAGACUAUUUGAGUUGGGCUGCGAUUGGACUCGAUGGCUCGUGA